AAUUUUAUCUCCAAAAAAUGUACGAUGCAGAAUCAUCCGUUUGAUCAGAAUCUGACGGUUUAGAUCGCUUUAGCGUGCGUCCUCCAUCUCCAGCUUCUGCUUCCACAGGUCUUCAUUUAUGGAGUCCACUCUAACCUUCCUCGUAGCAUCCCCUUCAACUGUUCUUCUCGCUUUCUCACCAAAAUCAUCAGCUGGCUUCUCCCUUGCCUUCUUUCCUCGCUAUUGAUCCUUUCAGACUGGUCUCUGUUGGAGAAUCAUAGAAGAAAAGAACCACCCGCAGUUCAGAAUUUCGUCCAACCUGCCCGAUUAUGGCGACGCGUGAUGUUCUCCCAAUCGAAUUGCUGCCCUUAGGGUUCCGUUUUCGUCCUACCGACGAGGAGCUCAUAAACCAUUACCUGAAGCGUAAGAUAAACGGUAGGACCAAGGCUGAUAGCGCUAUCAUCCCCGAGGUUGAUGUCUGCAAGUGCGAACCUUGGUCAGAAAAAUCACUGAUAAAAUCGGAGGAUCCUGAAUGGUUUUUCUUUGCUCCAAAGGAUCGCAAAUACCGGAACGGCCGGAGGGCGAAUCGGGCCACGGAGGCCGGCUACUGGAAGGCCACGGGGAAGGACCGAAGUAUUAAAACGCGUGCGCAGUCGCCUAUCACCAUAGGAAUGAAGAAGACCCUUGUUUUCUACCGUGGCCGCGCCCCAAGUGGCCAGCGCACCGGAUGGAUUAUGCACGAGUAUCGCACUGUGGAGCCGGAUUUCGAUUGGGGUCAUUUUGUUCUUUGUCGCUUGUUUAAGAAGCCGGAGCCUGAAGAGAAGAGCCUAACAACUUCCAAUGCUGAAGAAAUGGAAAGCGGCGGCCUUUCUCCUGCUCCAACCAAGUCCUCUCCAUAUGAUAUGGUGCAGGGUGAUGAUUCUUUGGAUGAAUUCACGACACCACUGCAUCAAAUUAGUUUGCCCACCAAUUUGGUUGAAACAACUGAGGAAACAUAUAACUAUAGUGAUAUCAGUGCAGAUAUUGGAGCUAGAGGCAUAGAUAUGGAUGGCAAGGAGGAGGACCUUCUUUCAAGCGACUUAUGCAACUUAAAUCCUGGAUAUGAGCAGCUUGGUGUUGAGGAAUUUUGUUGGAAUUCCCCUUCUGAUUACCUUAUGGAUAACCUGCAUUUUGAUGAUAGCGGGAUUGGUGUACCCUCAAUGGAUGAAGACGGUGACAGUGACUUUGUUGCUAAAUUCAUAGAUUCCAUCCUUGUUAAUACUCUGGAGGAAAGUCCACCUGAACUUAACAAAUUACUGGAAAAUGCUACAGAAGUUGUGCCAGCUUCUCAAGGUUACCAUGUUAAACGUGAAUCUCCCUCGGAGAGCACACUUGGUAUUGACAGUUUAAUUGAGGAUACUGUAGAUAUUGAUGCUUUACUGCCACUGGAAGACCCUGCUUUCUUACCUUCUUCCCAAUUGCAUGGGCUAGUGAGCCAAUCAAGUUAUCUUGUGCCUCCUACACAUAACUCAGACAUUGAAUUGGUUGCUCAAUCUGAUUUUUCCAUGAGAAGUGUUGAUUUUCACUUUUUGGAGAACGUUGUUUCACGUGAAUUUCAAUCCGAAUGCUUUAAAGGAAAUUACAUGCUUGAGAGCAGUGCUGCAUCAAACAAUCUAUCUGGUCUCACUGCUCUUUCUCAUGAUCCGUUUAAAAAUGAGCCUGAUCCUUCUGGUGUGGACAAUUCCCCUGGCAUUGGGAUAAAGAUCAGGCCUCGUAGGCCACAGGUUUCAGCAAAUCCAAACCAAAUUGGACGUCAGGGCAUGGAAGCUCAUGGUAAUGCAUUUAGAAGGAUUCGGCUGCAAACUUCACUACAUUCAAGAUCAGCUAUGGUUUCAAAUGGCAAAUCAAGUAAUGCUAAUGGAGGUCAUGAUGAGAAGGCUGAGAUGUCUGAGUCUGGGAAAAAUGUAGAGUUUGAAACACCAACUUCAAAUAGGGCUACAGAAAUGGCUCAUUUUGGUCCCGCUGAUAAUGAUGAAACUGCUCCCUCUUUUGAUGCAGAAGAUGCUGCAUCUCCCACAGAUCCGGAUGAUCUUUGCGUUAAGCCAGAAGUCCCUCCUCUACAUGGGGCAUCUAAAACUGCUUCAUUUUAUUUUGGUAGAGUAACUGUGGUCAUUCCAGUCAUGCUUUGUGUUUUGUGCAUCGGAAUCGGUUGGUUCUUUAGCUUUCGAUACAAAGAUAUGAACCGGAGUUAUUCAACUUCCCUUGGUGGCUUUUUCCUGUAAAUAAAUAACAACCGGUGACUCAGUGUUUAUGAGUACAUUUUGCUGGACUAUUUAAACUUUUGAGUUCUGGAUUCCUAAAGUUGAUCAAGGGUAGAGCUACCACUUUGAAGGAGUCUGCCAUUUUCCAUUUUUGAUGGUUGUGCUGCCUUAAUUUAGAAUAUGAAGCAUCAACUUCUGAACAGUUUGAUGGAAUCUUGGUGUUUUUGUUUGUGCUCUUUGAGGCCCAGUGCUCUUUUGUGAGUUACUAGAGUACCAAUGUCCUUUUUUCAUCACUGUUUUCAACUUUAUAUGUGUAUUUAUGACAGAAUAACAACUUCCUUCCUAUGUAAUGUAUGCUUUUUAUUAAACUGUAA